AUGGUUUCCAAGGCUAUCAUCUUCGCUCUGGCUGCUGCCCCCCUGGUCGCUGCCCACGGCAAGCCUGUUGUCCUGACUGGCAACCUCGGCGGCAACGGCACUGCUCUGGCUAACCAGGGUGGCGUCGUUCCUUUGACCGGUCCCAACAAGAAGACCGAAGUAGAUACCACCGUCUUCAAGAGCAAGAACAUCAUGACCGACGGUCUCGGCCGCACCACUGGCAACGGCAAGGUCCAGGUUGCCGACAUCGACGCCGCCAACCAGAUGUCCGGUGGAACCCUUCCCCAGGUCUCCUCCACUGGUGGCAGCAUCUCCGGAACCUUCCACGUCGUCACCACCGACGGUGCCGGCCCCCUCCGUGCCGUCCUCGACCCCACCGGCACCGGAAACUUCGCCAACGGUGUUGAGCUCACCGCCACCCAGAACGUCCCGGGCAACAACGGAAACAUCAGGCCCAACGGCCAGGUCCCCGGCAAGAAGAACGCUCGCGACCUCUUGGAGCGUGCCAUCUUCAAGCGUGCCGCCAACGUCAACAAGGACUUCCCCAUGGCCUUCUCCGUGCCCGAUGGUACCCAGUGCACCGGUACCUCCGGCAACAUGCAGAACGUCUGCCUGGUCAAGAUCGCCAACAACAACGGCGCCGGCCCCUUCGGUGGUGUUAUGGCUAUCCAGAUCCCCGCUAGCGGCGCUGCUCCUGCCGCGGCUCCUGCUGCCAAGCGCGAGGUUGAGUUCUCCUCUUAA